AUGCAACGCAGCUGGCGCCUCGACGCAGACAAACUAACCUUUAUCGCCUGCCAACCCAUCUCCACAGCCAACUUCAAUGCUGAAAGCGACUCGCCCUCAAACAUGAUCGGAGACAUUAACCUAUUCCUUCGCAUCGACGACGGCGCAGAUGGUCUAUCGCCACCUGAAAUCGUCGGCGAGAUCGAGCUUAUGAUCGCUGAGAAAAAUAACCAGCGUCGGGGGUUUGGAAAGGCUGCGCUGCUGGCGUUUAUGAAGUAUAUUGCUGAGCGACAAGGGUUAAUUUGUGGGGAGUUUCUGGGAAGUCUUGACGAGGAGAUGAAGGGGAAGUUGGAGGGUAGGGGGGAGAAGUUUGCCUGUUUGAGUGUUAAGAUUGGGAAGGAGAAUGAGCGCAGUCUUAAAUUGUUUGAGGGGCUUCGGUUUGUGAAGGUUGAAGAGGAACCGAAUUUCUUUGGGGAGUUUGAGUUGCGGAGGAUGGAUUUGGGAGUUGAGGGGGCUAUGAAAGAGGCAGGAAUUGAGGGAUAUAAGGAGGUUGUGUAUGAGCGGAAGGAAUAG